AUGGAAACCAUACAUUUACGUAUGAGCAUGUCUGAAAUGGCGUUCCAACAUGAUGACAUUAUAGACGACAUAGAGUUCGCCAUUCGACGAUUUCCGGAAUGUUGUGAGCAGCUGGUUCCCCAUGUUAUUCGAUUAAUGCGUUCACCAAUAGAAUCGGUCCGAGCUGCCGCUUUUGGUUUUGCUCUCGACAUAAUCAGUCAAAGGCCUCAGACGCGAUGCCAACUUAAAGAAGCUUACAUCAGUACAAUGCAAAGUAAUGAUUUUGAUAUUACUCGACAAGCUAUCACUUUCUUGCCGGAUUUCGUGAACGUCUGUAUAGCUAACGCCGAUGAACUCAUCAGUGCGGCGAUGCACUGUUGUACGAGAAGAAGCUGCCUCAAUGAUGUUCAUGACUAUGUUGUCGAGGCUAUGGCUGUAUUUGGCCAAUCGAAGUCAAAUGACGAAGAUGGGCAGAAUCCUGACAAAAAAGAUAUGAAGAGACGUUCACGUGAGGACGGUGAGAUCAAUUAG